AUGGCGCGAGGGUUACUUCUCAUUACAGUGGCGGUCGUGCUACUAUCCUCGAUUAAUGUCUGCGCCGAAGAGGAUCUUAAAGACGACGUAGACCUCAACGACCGUAAAGAAAACAACGGGACAACAGUUACGUCCAUCAAGAUCACCGGGGAAGGAUCCAAGAACAGGACGGACAAAACACGAGAGACGCAAUUAGAGAGGCUUCGUUCUCUAUUCGCCAGUCGACAGAACAGCAGCAGAGAUCUUACGAUGCCGAAAAGCUCAGACAUUGCUAAAGUCAUAUCCGAUGAUGCUACCGGUGACGAAGAGACUCCUGAAGAACUGCCAGAGCCGCAAGAACUGAAAAUCAUAAGACCUAAUUUGAGGAAACGACCUGUUUAUCGACCAUCGCCUUCGAGAAGACCGUUACCACCGAAUCGAAGACACGUUUAUGGAGAUCUGUCCAGAACGCCAUUGACGAGACCACCAAGGCGACCUGCGGAAGCGAAGAGGGAUCCAACCGAGAAAGAGUGCACUUUCUUCACGAAGACAGUUUGCCUGGAAGCAGCCGAUUAUCCUCACGAAGCUAUCAGCAGAAGUUUGAGGAGCAACAAAGAGAUGGUAGCUGCUUUGUUGACUGAUUACAAAUCACAGGACUUCGACGAAUCUGAGGAAAAUUUUCCUAUUGCAUUACCACUUGAAAAUAAAUUUGAGAAUAAAUAUGAUGGUCGGUACGAGAAUCGAUACGAGAGCAACGAGAUUAGAAGGAGAUCUGAUAUGCCUUCGCCAUUCGACAACAUCGAAGAAGGCUUCACGUGUCCAUCCGUGGUUAAAUAUGCUCGUCCUCAAUUAGCCAGAGCCGCUUCCGGAAUCUGGAAAUACAUCAUAAACACUGGUGAACACACGCAGACUUUGCGAUUGGAGAAAUGUUCAAAUCCGCAAUCGAGUUGCUCUUUCAUCUCAGAGAACUACCGAUCGUCCUGCGUCCAAGUAUACAAUUAUCACAGACUUUUAACCUGGGAUAGCAAACUGGGUCUCCAUAUGGACAUUUUCAAAGUACCAACUUGCUGCAGUUGCCACGUGCAUGGUUACGCUGACAUUUUUCCACCCCAUCAGAAUGAUCCACCUCCAAGGAUCAAGGAAUCCUUUCCUGGGUCCGAUUUCGCCACGACAAACGAUCAGAAAGAUGAUUUCGAGGACGUUUCGAAGUUGAAUUAUUUAAACAAAUACGCGGCUGGUUUUGAUUCUGUUCUGGGUUCAAGUAAUAAGAAACCUUUAUCGGAAGCUUCUCCAAGUCGACCCACCUUCACACUUCCUGUUAGAACGAGGCCCAAGAAACAACCUUCCUCUUCGAACUCAAGACCGUUUGAUAAGUUACCUCAACAACAUGCUCCAAAUACAAGAGCACCAGGAUACACUGGUCCAUUGUUGAAAGGUUCCAGACCAAGCAGACCCAGUAGACCACCGUUUAGAAGGGAAUCCACGUCUCAUAUCGAAGAGAACACAGAAAGUCUGAAUAGCACAGCUCUAAAUAGAUACAGCCAGCCAUACGAUUUGGAAAUGGACGCCUCGUCGCGAUUACAAAACGGUGGUUUCGACGACGAGUACCAUGAACCACAGAGGCGAAUCAAUUACAAUUACCAUCCGAUUAUCGAUUUCUUUCGACCAGAGGCAUCGAUGCUGCAAACAGCCGAAACUCAGUCAGCAUCGGAUCAGAAUGAUUCCAACUCGUGGAAACCGAUGAUAUCGUCUUAAGUGAUGUUUCAUUUCCUUCGGAGUACCUGAUCGUUUCUUUCUUUCUGUAAUAUUAAUCGAUCGUAGAGAAGCGAGAGUAUUAUGCAUCGAAUUGUUAGAUUUUUAUACAUAUUUCUUUUUUCAUACCUAUGUAUUCGUUUUCAUUAGUACUCUUCGUUCGUGACGAUUAACCCUUAUCUGAUUCUGUUCACUUUCAGAGUAAAUUUUCAAAAAUGGUUAGAAUUAUCAAAUUAUAUUCAAAAUUAAAUGUUUAAUUUUCGAAGGGUAGGUCUGGAUCAAUAGAAAAUUAAUUAGAAAAUAUCAAGUGUAUCAGUCCAUUGACUUUACCUUGAUUGGAUAAGGGUUAAUGAGCUUCGACGUUUGGAAAAUUUUCAAAAUUAUUAUUUUAAUUUUAUGUAUAUUUUAUUUUCAAGCAGAGUACUAAUGCAAUGUUCAGUGUAACGAUAGCGAACGUUUCAACUGUAGAAGUAUUACGACCACAUUG